UUUGAGCAGCGAGAUUUCAUUAUCAGGUGACGUUUGUACUUUGGUUUUGUUCAGUCCGCAGUACUGAAGCAUUUAGUGGAACGAAUUUGCACAAAAGUAUUUUAUUUAUUUUCCAUUUUUAAUAGUGUUAAUACUAUAAAAAGUUUUUUGCAUUUUUCGAAUUUUUAAUUUACAUGUGCAACAUAUAUUGAUUAUUUUACUAACUUGAAUUAAACGAAAAUACGUAAUGGCUAACCAAAAAGUGGAGAAGAAAACGAUACCCAAUGGCUUGAAAUUUGUUUUUGGUGGUUUGGCAGGAAUGGGCGCCACUUCCAUAGUACAGCCUUUUGAUGUGGUCAAGACCAGAAUGCAGAUAUCUGGCGUUGGCAGUGGAAAGAAGGAGUUUACGAGUUCAAUGCAUUGCAUACAGACAAUUUUAAGCAAGGAGGGCAUAGCGGGAUUGUAUAAAGGGAUUGGAGCUGCUUUGCUGCGACAAGCAACUUAUUCUACAACUCGUUUGGGGAUGUACACGUACCUUAAUGAUAUGUACAAAACAAAAUUGGAACGUGAUCCAAACAUAACGGCUAGCAUGAUGAUGGGUAUUAUUGCUGGCGGCACUGGAGCAUUUGUUGGUACACCGGCUGAAGUGGCAUUGAUACGUAUGCAGGCAGAUGGCCGUCUAUCACUUGCUGAGCGUAGAAAUUAUACAAACGUAGCCAAUGCUUUAACACGUAUUGCUAAGGAAGAAGGUUUGUUGACGUUGUGGCGUGGUUGUAUACCAACAAUUGGACGCGCGAUGGUUGUCAACAUGACUCAAUUGGCUUCAUAUUCGCAGUUUAAAACAUAUUUCCGUAAGAGUCCUAUGAAUAUGGAAGAAGGCAUAAAAUUGCAUUUAGUUGCUAGUAUGUUGUCUGGAUUGUUGACAACGAUAGCUUCUAUGCCAUUAGAUAUUGCUAAGACCCGCGUACAAAAUAUGAAAUAUAUUGACGGCAAGCCUGAAUACCGUGGAACCGUUGAUGUUUUAUCGCGAGUAAUACGGCAGGAGGGCGUAUUUGCACUUUGGAAGGGCUUUACUCCAUAUUAUUGUCGUUUGGGUCCACAUACAGUGUUGACAUUCAUAUUCCUUGAGCAAUUGAAUCAGGCAUACAGCACGCACGUUCUGGGCAACGAAGGCAAAUCGGUUGGACUGUAAGUUGCUGAAUGUGUAAUACUAAUGCAUUGAAAUUUGUAGUUUAUUGUAAACGAACAAAAAUCCUGCUGUGUGGAAAGAACAAUAAAGUAUAUUUUGUUUGUUUAUUAUUAAUAUAAAAUAUAAUUUCUCGAUAAACGAAUUAUUAGCUGUUGUAUGUUACUAGACAUGUAUUUGUUAAACGACUCAAGAGAUUGUUGUGUUUUGAUUAAUGAAAUUUAGUGUGAAAUAAAAUAAAAAUACAUAUAAACAA